AUGCCUCUCAAAAGAGCGAUCCCCGAAGAGGAUCUCUACGCCAAACUCGGCGUCCCGAGCACCGCCAGCCGGGACGAGAUCCGCGCGCAGUACAAAGAACUAGCGAAGAAAUGGCACCCGGACAAAGCGGGCGACACCGAAGCCAACAAAGCGGAGUUCCGCGCCGUGCAAGAAGCGUGGGAGAUCCUGGGCGACGAAGCGAGCCGCAAGGCCUACGACGACUCGCGCGCGAACAAGAAGCCCAAGUUCGCGGAGUUCGUGCGCGGCACGUACCCCGAGGACCCGUUCGAGGGAAGCCCGGACUCAUCUCCGCAGGCGAAGAAGCCGAAGAAAAAGAAGAUGAAUGAAAGCGGUGGUGGUGGUGUUGGUGGUGGUGGUGGUACUAGUGCGAGCAACCAGUUCCCGGCGUGGAUUGCGGGCUCAUCCAUUACUGUUGCGAUUGUGGAGUUGAACGUGAAGCUGGAGGAGGUGCAGCGCGAACUCGGCGUCGCACAGGGCAAGUUCGAUGCCUGCCAGCACGACAUGCUAGCCGCGUUCGAGAAGCGGACCCCGCGUUCGGGAAACUUGGACUGGCGACUUGCCAUGGGGAAAGCCCAGGUAGGCUUUCGGGAGUUUGAGAGCCGCGUGCGGGCCAUGAAGUCCAUGCUUCCGCUCUCGGGGCAGAAUCAUUGCCAGUUCUCGAUACUGAUAUCGUUUCCAAAGGAUCUGGCGAAGUUGUCUGCCAUGAUCGUGAAGAUUUCGUUCGCGGUGCUGAUUCUGAUUCAGCUCGUGGAAGACUAUGCCGAAGGCCGCGACAACGAGUCCUAUAUUUGCCAACAGAUGGAGAUCAUAGGAAACUUGGGACCGGUUGUCUAGUCCGGUUAGAA